AUGGAAUCCAACAGCCAAUACGCGCGAAUGGACUACUGGGAUGAGCGAUUCAAAACUGAGAAAAAUUUCGAAUGGCUCAGUGGUUUGGAAGCUUUCGAGCAUAUUAUUACACCUCUGAUUUCUAAAGAUUCCAGAAUCGCUCACAUCGGGUGCGGCUCCAGUCAAGUAUCGAUGCAGUUAUGGAAUCUUGGCUUCAAAAAUAUCACAAACGUGGAUUAUUCCCAAGUUCUCAUCGAAAACGGAAAAUUGGAGCACCCCUACAUGGAAUGGAUCGCCGAUGACAUCACGACACUCGCCAACUGUGAAUCCUCUUCAUUUGACGUUGUUUUCGAGAAAGCCACGAUCGAAGCGAUUCUGGUGACGGAGAAAAGUGCGUGGGAGCCGUCGGACGAGGCGCUUCGCAACCUUGAGAACAUUUUUUCGUCGAUUUGUAGAGUUUUGAAGCCUGAUGGAAUGUUUAUAUCAGUGUCGUUUACCCAACCUCAUUUCCGGAUUCCUGCAUUGCUUCGAGAGAAGAAUUGGUCCGUCGAAAUGUUUGAAUUCGGGGAGACCUUUCAUUAUUAUGUUUAUGUUUGCAAGAAAGGGAAAGAUUUGGACACAGAGCUCAGGGAUAGAUAUAGUUCUAUCGCGAAGUCGUGGUUGAGGCCGCUUUAA